UAAAAACAUUAAAAAAACAAACGUAUUACAAAUUCGUUAGCUUUGCCCAGAUUUAUCAGUGAAGAAUUUAUUUUAUCAAAAAAAAAAGUGUUUCUGACUUUCCAUUUCUAAAAGUACUUCGAAUUCGAACUUGUUUUGAAAUAAAUAAUGGCAUCAAAACGGAAUUUUGAAGAUUUAGACGCAGAUUUUUACGAUGCUGCAAAUAGAAAACAAGCCCGUUUCAAUGAAAAUGAAGAUUAUGUGAAAAAGCACACCCUGGAUUCGGAUGAGGAAGAUAGUGGCGCUGAAGAAGAAAGGUACAAUGUUAUGCACGAAGAUGAUAUUGAAGGUGAAGAGGAUGGAAUUUCCAGUAUCAGAGAUGAAACAAAAAUAACACCAUUUAAUAUGAAAGAAGAACUGGAAGAGGGCCAUUUUGAUCGAGAAGGUCAUUUUCAGUGGAAGAAAGAUAAAGAAAUUAGAGAUAAUUGGCUCGAUAAUAUUGACUGGAUAAAGGUAAAAACUGAUAAAAAAUAUAUUGAAAAAACUAACACGGGACUCGCUGAUUCGAGUGAUGAUGAUGAAAAUGGAAAUUCUAAAGGACCUAUUAAGGUUUUUAAUGAAAUAUCUACGUAUAAAGAAAUUUUGGAGUAUAUGAAACCUGGAGAAACCUUAGCAAAAACUUUGCAAAGAUUGGGUAAGAAUAAGCAGAAAUUUUCAUCAGUGGAAAGAUGGCGCAGAAAGAAAACGGGUAUGGUAGAUACAGAGGGACAGGCCAUCACAAAAUUAACUGAAUUGGCUAAUAAUAUAUUAACAAAUCUGGGAAAUAUGGAUGUUUAUCAAGAAACAUAUGAAAUGAUCGAAAGAAAGAUUAAUAAAAGUAAAUCGAAAAUCGGAAAAUCUUCGAAAAUUGAAGGCAACGAUCUUGACAUGUAUGCUGAAGAUUUUGAUCAAAAAGAAAAAACAAAAUUACAAUUAAAUGAAACUUCAAAUAAAAAUGAAACAAAUGAUUCUAAUAAAAAUUCCGACGAGAAUUUAUCUGAAUUACCAAAAUUGCAAUGGGAGUAUAAAUGGAAACAAGAUGAUGAGCAAAUUCACGGUCCUUUUACAACCGAACAAAUGCAAAAAUGGGUUGAUGAAAACUACUUUCCUAAUGGGGUUUUUGUGCGCAAAUAUAAUAUUGAAGAUCAAAAAUUUUAUAACAGCAACAGAAUUGAUUUCGAGUUAUACUUAUAAAGUUGACGUUUUUUAUUGUAUUCUACAAUAAAAGCUGAAAAUAAUAAAUAUGGCAAUUGGAACUUUUUUAAUGUACAAAACAAUUUAUAAAUUCAAACUUCCAUUAAAAAAAUUUUACUCCUUGAUUA